UUUCCAUCUGUGACAUUGCAGAGGACAUGAUCUAUAAUCCAUCUCUUUGGAUUCUCACACAGGUCUGAUCCGCUGAGCCCCGUCUUCACCGCAAAUCUUUCACCAACCGACAAAGAGCUGGAGCCGAGACGAUCAAGCAUGGAUGUGCCCAGGAUGGCUGAGGGCCUGUUCAGCAGCACGCUGUCCUCGUCAGGCGGCGGCCAUCACGCGCCCUCCUACCUGACGCUGGAGCAGAAGGCCGCCUUCGUCUUCGUGCUGCUGCUCUUCAUCUUCCUGGCGCUGCUCAUCGUGCGCUGCUUCCGCAUCCUGCUGGACCCGUACCGCAGCAUGCCCUCAUCCAACUGGACAGACCACACCGAGAAGGACACGUUCGAUUACCGCAUCGUCUGAGGAGCCCACACAUUUAGAAGAUUGAGUAAAAUGGACUGAUUCGAUUCUAGAAGAGCACUUUGGCCCUUAGAACAAAUGACAGCGGAUUCACCAGGCGUUCACAAAAUCCUCUGAGGGUCGGACUGAGACCAGAGUUCAACAGCUUCUCCCUGCCAAAUCUAAUCAACUAUAACAAGACAACCAGAACUGUGCAGUGAAGAUUAUUGAUCAAACUUCCACGAGCCUCUUCAGGUUCCCCGUCAUCUGCCAUCAGUUCCCUUGUGGACUACCUCGCUCCCCCUGCAUCACAUCUCAUGUCUCACACAGGGUCGAGUAUCUUUUCGAAAUCCAAGCUGGUUGGAUGAAAAACAGUGUUUACAUCGUAUCGCGUUUACGUCCUUAGAUUUUUAUUGAUAAUGUAGACAAUCAGUGUUUAAAACAGUAACAGGAAAACAGAUCCAGUGUUAUCUUUAAUUUUGUUGACAAACCCCAGAGAUCCAGACGAGUUUAUACGACCGAUGAGAUUCAGGCGACGAGUUUCAUGCCUUACGUCUGUGUAAGAUAUUCAGCGGUGAUUGUUGCCUAAACCCACGAGCGAGACUCUGUGUCAAAGGUUCAUAAAAGCAGGUUAAAUAAUCACAAAGAAGGAAACUGUAGUGGAAGAGUUCUCCCUUUAAUGUUUCUGAGCGGUUUCAAGAGAUAAGAUGUCAGCAGCGAGAAACUAUAACUGUUCUGUGUGUGCGAUUAAAAAAACAACGGGUCCUUCCUCUCACGUGGAGGGACGUCCAGUGUCCGCGUCUUUAGAUGUCAGCAACCAAAAGAGGUGUUGAAGAAAAACAACGUUUACUGUGCUGUACCGUGUGCCUAAUUUGAGAAAGAAAAAAAAGUUUAGAUUGAUGUUUUAGGAAAAAAGAAAGAAAAUGGGUUCACAUUUCUGUCUUUGAUUGUAGUUUUUAUUUUUUAUUUUCCUGUGUCGCGCCCAUUUAAAAAAAACUGUUAACAGCAUUUUACUGCCUGCAGUUGGUAUAUUGACAGUUGGUAUGCCAGAUCUGCAGAGAGUUGAUGGUGAAGACGACGAAACGUUUUCACAUCAAACCCUUUACGAACUGAUGUUGUGGCUCUUUCGUUGGGCAACUUUUCAACUGUGCGCCUUAUAGUGUAGAUUGUUUACAGUAUCAUACGUAGCAGAGACACUGGAAAUCACCGGUUUCACUGAAGCGUCAGUGUCUUUGCACUUCACAGAGAUGUCAUACAACUCACUAAAAAGAAAAAAGAAAAUCUUCCCCUGAGCUCUUUCCUGCCCGGACAGGAAGUGAACUGUGACCCUUUCCACGACCCGUGAUGUUCUUGUGAUCUGCUGUGGCCUUCUCCUCCCUAUUGCAAACGUUGCAAUGUUGUGCUGAGGUGUUUUCUUUUCCUGGUUUUCCGCAUGUAUUUCUCGCAGAGUGUCCUCUCCGUGCAUGAUAGAUGGUGAAGUGCUUUAAUCCUGAUGUUGUGGGUCGGUUGCUCGAGCAGCUUUUUCCUGUCUUUUCUUUUAAUCUGUUUUCCGCCUGGA